CAGAUCAUGUUUCAUGUUACUUAUAACUGAUAUUUAAAGAGAAUGAGAUUCCUCAUGUCUCCCCUCAACCUGUGAUAUAUAUUCAGCAGAUGGUAAGGGGUUGAGGCAGAGCAAACAGCUAGAAAGAGCUCAACAAACAAUUGCAAAGCCUUCUUUUUUUUUCUCUAAAACAAGAAAAUGGCUACCACUUCUUACCAUUCUCGCUCUAACAGCUUGCCUUCAAGGCAACACCCCAUCACUUCACAAAUUGAUGAGAAUCUGAACCGAUUGAGGGCAUCUCAAUCGGCCUCUACAUCAUCGUCAAUUGGCCAAAAUCUAAGUGGUCUUCAAGAUUUGCAUGAAUAUGUUGAUAUGUUGCUUCAACUGCCCCUCACUCAACAAGCUCUAGCCCAAGAGCAGCAGCGGAAAUGGGUUGAAGAACUUUUGGAUGGAUCACUCGUGCUCUUGGAUGUAUGCAGCACUGCCAAGGAUGCCUUGUUGCAAACCAAGGAGUGCACUCAAGAACUUCAAUCGAGUUUGCGCAGAAGACGAAGAGUUGAGGGGCUUGGGGAUGAGGUUAGGAAGUAUUUAACAUCUAGGAAGGCAGUGAAAAAGGCAAUCUGCAAGGCCUUAAAGAACUUGAAGCAUAUGGAAAAUAAACUUAGCUCCUCUACUUCCAGCAAGGAUGCUGAGAAUGGAGCUGUGAUUAGCAUUCUAAGAGAAGUACAAGCAGUUACCAUCAGCAUGCUGGAAUCCUUGCUGUCGUUUAUUUCAGGGCCAGAGGCAGGAUCAAAGUUGAGCCGCUGGUCACUAGUUUCCAAGUUAAUGCACCAGGAAAAAGUGAUGUUUGAGGAAGAACAAAAAACAAAUGAAAUUGCAAGUGCUGAAGCUGGACUGCGUUCCCUCAUCAAAUCUGAAAACAUGAAGAAUGUUGAGAAUGUACAAAAUGAGCUCCGAAACUCAGAGUUGUGCAUCCAAGAUCUUGAAGAAGGACUUGAAAGCCUCUUUAGGCGUUUGAUCAAAGCUAGAGUCACUGUUCUCAACAUCCUCAACUGUUAAAAAUCUUGGCACUGCAAUUGCACAUAACUGUAAUUUCAGAUGUAUACAAUUAUUAAUACAAA